UAGUUUUGAAGUGAGUCAGAGUUCUCCAAUUUGUGCCAGUGAUUGAAAGUGAUCUCAAGUGAAUCACCAUGACAACGGACUUUAAUCGUCACCAGUACCAGUACUACUACGGCCAGGAAGCGGUCAACGUGAACGUGAAAAUGGAGCAGAUCGAGCAACACAUAAGCACCGAAGAUUACUACGGAUGUUUCCCAGCAAUCAACAGUCAAGGAAUGAACAUCUCCAACAUGAUGAUGCUUCCGAACUAUGAAUCUCAAACCAUCAGCUAUCCCGAAUCCUGGAUGACACCUUCACCGUCCAGUUUCGGUUCGGAAAGCCCCGACUACUACUCGAUAAGUUCUCCGGCUUUUAUCGAUGUUGAAGAAUGCAAAGAAAACCUACUCAAACAAGCCACUCAGCAAACUGUGCUUCCUCUAUCACCACCAAUCCUACCUUCAACGGCCCUCGCAACCACAACCAACACACCAACACUUCCGGUCAAAAAACGCCAAUACCGGCGCACAUUGAAGGUCAAAUCGGAACCACUGGGAAUGGUCACCCAAGCGACGCCAACUUCCGGCCUCUCCUGCAAUAGCUUGAUUUUUUCCAAGGUGCCAUCCGAUUCUGCUGCACCGGUGACUGGAAAGAGGAAACGCAAACCAGUCGCACCGCAGAUCAAGAAGAAGCGCCGCCUCGCGGCGAAUGCACGCGAACGCAAACGGAUGCAGAGUCUCAACGAUGCCUUCGAUCGGCUGCGGACGUGGCUGCCCAGUUUGGGCAACGAUCGGCAACUGUCCAAGCACGAAACCCUGCAGAUGGCGCAGCAGUACAUCACGGCUCUGUACGAUUUGCUGCAGUAGAGGGAGGCGCACCCCGGUGCCGAUGGCCGCAGACGAGUGAUUCUUAGUCAGUAGUUGCCAGUAGUGGUGUUUUCGCUUUAAGGAAGUUCUGUACAUAUCGUUUCAAUGAGACAGUUAGUGACAACAAUUAUGAGGCU